AUGGCGGCAACAGGUGCGUCAAUCUUUAAAAUUUCGACGCAACCUCUUGUCUCGGCAAGGCCAAUUACCAAUACUAAUGCUAAUCCAACCGUCUCAAACUCUCUUGCUAGUUCCUUUAUAGGUUCUUCAUUGCCGAGAAGGGGCUCUACUCAGAAGAACAAAACAGUUAAGAUUAUUAGGAAAGUAACUGCUGCAGCCGCUAUUGCCACAGCUCCACCGGAGGAGGUUAAGGAUUGUGAACGUCCUACAUGGUCCAUGUUUGAACUUGGAAGUGCUCCUGUAUUCUGGAAAACCAUGAACGGCCUUCCUCCAACUUCUGGAGAGAACCUGAAGAUUUUUUACAAUCCAGCUGCAAACAAGCUUGUUCCAAAUGAAGAAUUUGGGAUUGCUUUUAAUGGAGGUUUUAAUCAGCCCAUUAUGUGUGGUGGCGAGCCAAGGGCAAUGCUGAAGAAAAUUCGAGGGAAGGCCGAUCCCCCAUUUUAUACCAUCCAGAUAUGCGUUCCUAAGCAUGCUGUGAACUUGAUAUUCUCGUUCACAAAUGGAGUUGAUUGGGAUGGUCCUUAUAGACUGCAGUUUCAAGUUCCCAAUGGCUGGCGAAACAAGCCCAUCGAAUUCUUCAAUGAGGGUCUGGCAGAAGAGUUGAGUAAAGAAGGUGCAUGUGAAAAAGCAAUUUUUCCAGAUACAAAUAUCAUUGUUACAAGAUGUGCUAUGAUCGGCAACUUAACCACUGAAGGGGGUGAUCGUUGCGAUCUUGAUCUAGUUGUAGGAUGCAUGGAUACUACUUCACAUUUGUAUAACCCCCUAGCCAAUGUAGAUGAUGGAUCCUGCCCAGUUGAUUCUGAUACGGAAGAUUAG